CGAAGCUGCGAGAAGCUGACUUUCAAGGAGUUAGUCAGCCACCAGUGGCGGAAGUUUGCAUCCGGUGAUAACGUCACCGCACCUAUCUGCGGCGACGUUUUUUCGGAGAACGAGAGAUACGAGUGGGGACGCACACGUGGUCGCUCCGAGUCGCGUAAGCUGUGCGCCUGGCUCAUCUGCGCCGGCCGAAUCAAAGUGUGGGCGUAGCAGAGAUGCAGCGGCUGGCGGCGUUGACGGCGCUGGUGUGGGUGGUCGCCACGUGCUGCAGUGCUGCCAACGUGGUGACGGUGAGGCAGCCCGACGCCGACUGCGUUCCGGUCGAGGAAAUCGCGACGGCGGUGGAGGCGCAAGACAGUAGCGAAGAGCAUCAGCCGACACCCGCCGUCCUAUUGGCCAACGUGAUUCGCGCGCGGCCUCGCUGCCCCCCGGGCUCCGCGUGGAUCAAGGGCCGAUGCCGCCGUGUCGUGAGGUGCAAGCCUGCCGGCGCCGGGGUCGCGACCACUGCUCUGCACAAAGAUAGGUCGUACUGGAGGUGGUUUGCUGUUACCUUCCUACGACCUUUCAACUCGUUCGCUGCUGCACAGAGCUGGCGGUACCCUCCCAGGAGCCGGUAAUGGAACAGCUCCAAGCCAAGGCGGUAGAACCUACAUGGAGUUUGGAGAUGUGCUGUUAGAUAUCUCAUCGUUAAACUUAAUGGAAAAUUAAUUUACGUAGCUUUUAAGAAAACUAUGUAACGCUGUCAUUAGUCUUUGUCGAUGUUUUAAUAAAUACUAACAGAAACACA